AGCUCAUAUUCUGCUAAUUUUUCAACUGGUAAACCUAUGAAUGCCGCAAAACCCCCAAAUUCUUGACGAUGGCUUUGCUUCUCGGAAUUCGAAGGCCAUUGUCCUUUGCAGCUCAACGACUCCAUCAGCGAUGCUUCUCCACCUCACUCCCCAAUUUUAAGGAGGAGCAGAAAAUGAGCUGUAUGGAAACAGGGGGCAGUUCUAGUUUUAUUCAUCCAUCUGCCGUUGUUCAUCCGGAUGCCAUAUUAGGUCAGGGUGUUUCUGUUGGUCCGUUUUGCACAGUUGGACCUUCUGCAAAUUUAGGAAAUGGUUGUCAGUUAUACCCGGGGAGCCAUGUCUGUGGACAUACAAAGAUAGGGGAUGACUGCACUUUGAUGAUGGGUGCUGUGGUUGGUGAUGAUCUUCCUGGUAGUACUGUUAUUGGAAAUAACAAUUUAAUCGGGCAUCAUGCGGUUGUAGGCAUUAAAUGUCAAGAUUUGAAGUAUAAGCCAGGGAACGAAUGUUUCCUCGAGAUUGGGGACAACAAUGAGAUCAGAGAAUAUGUAUCUAUUCAUAGAUCCUCACACCCCGAUGAAAAAACAAUCAUCGGUGCUAAUAAUCUCAUAAUGGGAUCUUGUCACAUUGCACAUGACUGCAAAAUGGGCAACUAUAACAUUUUUGCAAAUAAUACUCUGUUGGCAGGCCAUGUAAAUGUGGAGAAUUAUACUCACACCGCAGGGGCCACGGUUAUACAUCAGUUUUGUCAUAUUGGUUCUUUUUCUUUCAUUGGUGGCGGGUCAGUGGUUUCUCAAGAUGUACCCAAAUACACAAUGGUCUCUGGUGAACGAGCUGAGCUACGCGGAUUAAAUCUCGAAGGCCUAAGGCGCCGUGGGUUUUCAGUUGGGGAGAUAAAGAGCCUGAGAACAGCUUAUCGAAAAAUAUUUAUGCCUAGCGAAGGAAGUUGUCAUAGCAUUGAAGACCGGCUGACCGAACUGGAGAAGGAUGACGAAUUGGGUCAAGUAGCAGCCGUCUGCUUGAUGGUUGAAUCCAUUCGGGAUUCUUUUGCUGAGGAUCGCCGUGGCAUUUGCAAGUUUAGGUCACGGGUUGGAUCUUAAUACUGAAUGCUGGGUAAUUUCUUGUUAUCUGCUUAUCACAGAUAUCAACCUUGCCAUAAAAAAUUAUCUGGUUUUUGGCAGAUGUCAUUUAAAUUUUGAUAUGGGAAAAUCCUGAGACUCUUCUUUGUAUAACAGUAUGUAUCACAAGUCUAGACAUUUCAAGAUUUUAGCACUAGUUUUGAGAGCAUGUAAAUUUGACAUCCACCAAUUUGAAUCCAUGAUUGAUCCUA